AUGCUCUUCCCCAUGUACACCGUCGCCGCAGACGUGCUGCUGAAAAUGACGAAGGUCGAACCACACGAGAAGUUGAAGGCCUGGGGCCAACUCGUGGACUUCAGCGACGGCUUGGGGAGAGCAGCUUUCGUUUCACACCAGUGGCUGACGAAGAAACACCCGGAUCCCGAGUUCAGGCAGAUGCGCACUCUUCAGGAUGCUGUCAAGCGGAUCCUGACCAGCUCCGGGUCCAUUUCCCUGGACCCCGCUACAGAGGCCGUGGUGCCAACGGCCAAGCCCCGUCCUGUGAAAGACUUCCAGACCAAAGCACUGUUCUUCUGGUACGAUUACUUCUCGUGCCCGCAGUUACAUCAUGCGACACCAGUUGAAGUUGCCGUACAAAGAACAGACAGCCGCAUCCAGCAAGCCGACGCCAUCAGCAGCAUCCCAGCAUACGUCGCCAGGUGUGACUUUUUCCUUGGCCUAUGUCCGGUUCUUGACUGCCCCGUCGAGAGCAGGGUGCUGACGGCAGGGACCUGGAGCAGGAGGGGGUGGUGCCGCCUAGAACGAGCAGCACGCGAGCUGUCGCCAAGCAGUACUUGGAUUGUUAUUCGAAGCGAGACUUCCAUUGAAGCUGUUGGCACAGUGCUGUCCUUUCAGAGCGGUGCCGUGGGGGAAGGUGACUUCGCCGUACCGGAGGAUCGGCAAAAGCUGGCCCCGGUGAUGCGGAAGAUCCUCAUGCAGAAGCUGAACCACUGCCUGCGUGUGGGUGACCUGCCCGGGUUCCGGCGCCAUUUCAACCUGCAGACGAUUUACCUGCAGGGGCUGGAGAUCGAGCCAGUGACCGGGUCGCUACCCAGCUGUGAGGGUAGUGAUGAUGUGGUGAUGGAGUUCCUACACCAAAACGGCUUGAGGACGGUUGGCUCUGCCGACAGCGCUGGGUGGCGGCCUCUGCACUACGCGGCACUGGGCGGCAACGUAGAGGUACUUAGAGGCCUGCUGGAGAAGCGCGCCGAGGUUAACCGGCGCACAUGGAAGGAUGAGCCGUCGCUGGGCUUUCCUCCCUGGAUGUCGGCAUUGGAUUUGGCAGUAUUUUUCAAGCAGCACAAGGCCGCGCGAUUGCUUCUCGCGGCGAGAGCUCACCUCAAGGGUGGACUUUCACCGGCUGUCAUCCUUGCGGCCGCUAGAGACAAUGCCGAAGGUAUCCGACUGCUGUGUGCAUCGGGUGCCGAUCCACUGGCGCAGAAUCUACUUGGAAACCCCACCUUGGGGUGCGCGGGUGGCUUGGCAGCCACAGAAGCCCUGGAAGAGUUGUUGGUGCAAGGACGCCCAAGCUCGAUGGAUCUUUCUCGGGCCCUCUUCGAUGCCACAAUGUUGCUGGGCGGAUCGGCUGAGCUGGUGCAGAGGUUGAUCGCCCUCCGCGCUGACGUGGACUUCCAGUUCGACAUGCCGCGGGAUUGGAGGAGACUGGGCCGGUUGCUCCUUGCAGCGAAGUCCAUGCAGCACCGGCUCCGCCGUACGACCGCACUAACGGCCAUCGCUUAUCAUGCAGAUGGCAGCACGCCACUGAUGCAGGCCAUCAGGUCGGCUCAAUUCGACGGCGCCGCAGCCCUAAUCGCUGCCGGCGCGAGACUGGACCUCAGCAACUGCCGGCGCUGGACCGCGGCUGAUUUUGCUCGCGGGCAGUCGAUCCCACGUUUUUUGCAGCUGGGUUUGGAGGGGGACCCGUCGGAGUGCCGAAGGGUGUCCUUGCUCGCCCUGUCGAACGGCUGCUUUUCGAUUUGA